AUGCAGCAGCAAAAUAAACCUGGUGCUUGCCCUGAGGUAUCUGCAGGAUCCUACGGAAGAUGUGAUGAUCAUUGCUCAGGAGAUGAGUCAUGCCCCAAUAACAUGAAGUGCUGCAACAAUGGAUGUGGCCAUGCCUGCAUAGUUCCUGUUUUCUAA